AUGGAGACUCUGGAGGCUCCCGGGCAGGUUGCCAUGGAGUCGGUAAACAUGAAGCACACGCUGAGGUGGCUCCCCCUGCAGGCCGCGUGCAGAACCACAGUCCUGUACUCCGUCCAGUACCAGGGAGAGUUUGAGCUGCUGGUGAAGAACGGCAGCUGGAUGGACGCCGCCGAGUGCCAGCAGAUCCCCGUCACCCGCUGCGACCUGACCUUUGACCUCGGGUCGGACUCCAGCUACAACCUCCGGGUCCGAGCCGGCUGCGGGUCGGAGCUGUCGGCCUGGACCCGACUCAGCCGCCCCUUCAACCGCCAAGACACCGUUCUGACGGGGCCCCGGAUGACGGUGUCGACGGCUGGCGACUCCCUUCAGGUGGCGUUUGAGGAUCUUCCUCUCACCGCCGCCGCCAGCGUCACGGUGUGGAGGAAAGACCACGAGCAGCAGGCCGUGUCGUACCUGAUGCCGGCGGAGCAGGGCGUGCUGCACGUCGCCGCCCUGCAGGACGGAGCCGUGUACUGCAUCACGGCCCAGACGGUGCUGCAUUCAGGGACCCGCGGCAGCAGCAGCCGCCCCCAGUGCGUCUCCAUCACAGGGGGCGCCGCCGCGGCCUGGAAGAAGCCCACCACCGUCACGGUGACCCUGGUCCUGGUCUCCGGCCUCCUGGUCGCCGUGUUCUGGACCGUCGUCCACUGUGGACCCAACUCAGGCCACGCCCACUUCCACAAGGAGCCCCUCCCCCAAUCUCUGAAAUGCGGCGGGAACGUGCAGAUCUUGAUGUUCCCUCGGGGUGAUGAGGAGGAGGAGCGCUGUGAGCAGCUGCUCAGCGUCGAACCGGCGACCGAAGCGUUAAAGGUCUGACACCAAAAGACUGAAGCUUUGUUUCUGGGGGAAAUAAACAGUGCAAAGCCGGGUGGAAGCGGCGGGGCCACGGGCCGGGUUUACUGGGUCCACCGGUGCCGGGGCCGGACCAGGAGGCCCCGACUUCACAGGUAACGAGGUACAAUGAAGGAAACAAGGACGUUUGGGGGGAUGAUGGAGUCUUCCGUGAAGUCUACGGAGGAAGGAGGCAGAUUUGAGUUCACGCUUCUGCGUAGACGGUCCAGACGGAGUCACUCCAACACUUCAGGGGAUGUAAACCGUCAAAGGUCGUCAUCUAUCAUCCUAGGGAUGGAUUAAGGUUCCCAGCAGGAUUAAGGUUCCCUCUGAAGGGGCUCGACCUCAAACACUGAGCUGGACCGCUCCUCACCAGGAACCGCUGUCGUGGAAGUUGAUGCAAACGGAAGAUGUUCGUUUGGUUCAUAUAAUAAAAGCAGAAGAAGCUGCUUGGGAAUUUAUUCACGUAUGGAUCACAGAGAUCUUUCUAGAGGUCUUUUCCUUACUGGGAUAAACGGUCCCUUAUAUUUUGAACUUGUGUUACGAUGACGACCAGGAGCUGUUUACGGUGUCUCAUGUUUAGGAAAUACUUUUCACUGAAAGUGUUUACAGCAUCCAGGUGGACUUUUUAUCCGGGAUUGAAGCAACAUUAUUGACAUUUCUGUCAUGUUUUCAGGGUUGUGAUGUCAUGAUUUGUUCUUGUUAGUUUAGCAAUCUUUCUGUAAAGUUCCUGUUAGGGAUGGGCGGUAUGGACUAAAAAAUGUA